GAACGGACCAGGAAGCGGCUAGUGACAUUCUUAUGCUUGGGCAAAGGACGAGCAGGGUUUUAUUACUGUAAAGGGAGAUUGUCGGGGUUAACACCCUCCGGGUGAUGAUGGCGGUGGGACUGAGUUGGAGGUUACUGUACAGUGCGCGGAGACAGGUGCUGAGCCGAGUCACUACAGGUACAGAAAGAAAUAUCUCCUGCUUGUUUAUAGCCAGAGGUAUCCAGAGCAGCACCUGGUGGGAUGAACAUCUCUCUGAAGAAAACAAACAAUUUCUAAAACGCUUGACUGCAGAAGAGUAUAACGCUCAAACAGCAAGCAAGCUUUGCCCUCUAAAAGAUGAACCUUGGCCCAUAAAGCCAUGGGAGCCUGAUUCUAACAGGGUUGGUGUGAUUGCAGUCAAGUUAGGAAUGAUGCCGAUAUGGUCUAAAUCCGGAGAGAAACAUGCUGUCACCAUGCUACAAGUUCGUGAUUGUCAUGUCAUUAAAUAUUCACCUAAGGAGGAAUUUGAUGGAAAGUCUGCAUCUCUCACUGUAGGAGGAAAAAAUGUAUCCCCUUUUUAUAAAUCAGAAUCUGUAAUGGAGUUGUAUAGAGAAGCUGGAGUUCCCCCAAAGCAAAAAAUCAGCAUAUUUAAAGUAUCCGAUAAUGCUAUUAUCAAGCCAGGGACCCCACUUUAUGCUGCACAUUUCCGUCCUGGACAGUUUGUGGACAUCACAGCAAAAACGAUUGGCAAAGGAUUUCAAGGUGUGAUGAAAAGGUGGGGGUACAAAGGUCAGCCAGCCUCCCAUGGGCAGACCAAAACACAUCGGAGACCUGGAGCCAUUUCUUCUGGGGAUCCAGCUCGCGUGUUCCCUGGAACGAAAAUGCCUGGAAGAAUGGGUAAUAUCUACAGGACAUCAUAUGCCCUCAAGGUCUGGAGAGUAAAUACAAAGCACAACAUAAUUUAUGUCAAUGGUUCAGUUCCAGGACAUACCAACUGUUUAGUAAAGGUGACCGACACAAAAUUACAUGGUAAAAAAGGCAGUGAAAACCUCCCCUUCCCUACAUUUUUCGCUGAUGGAGAUGAAGAAUUACCAGAAGAUUUAUAUGAUGAUGAGGUUUUUCAGUUCAGUGAACCCUCUGUUAAAUACACUUGAUGUUACUUAAUGAUAAUGGAAAGGUUAUGUCGCUAUAAAAUAGUAAUCAAAUGUACAGAAGGUUUUCAGUUUGUGAAAAAGCAAAUGGGUAUCAACCAAACAGGGAACAAAGGAAAUACUCUGUCUCAUUAGCAGUGUGUUCUAACCCUAACUGACAUUUUCUUUGCAUUGGUUCUGGAUCUCGUAGAUCCCAUUGUUUUUAUAUGUAUUUCUGUGCCUUAUGUUCUGAUCCAUUCAGUGUUUAUAAAUUAUCAGAUGUAUUGAAUAAAUUCUGUUUCAUAA